AUGGAUCCAAUUUAUUCAGAUGAAAUGAGAGAAAAAGAAAACAAAUUAUUAAGAAAGAUCGAUUUGAAAAUUGUUCCAUUUAUGCUGCUGCUUUACUUAUUAAGCUUUUUAGAUAGGGUAAAUAUUGGAAAUGCAAAGUUGGCAAAUUUGGAACGUGAUCUUGGAUUAGUUGGAAAUGAAUUUAAUUGGAGUUUAAGCAUUUUUUUUGUUGGAUAUGUUUUAUUCGAAAUACCAUCAAAUUUGAUAUUAUAUAAAGUUAGACCUUCAAUAUGGCUCCCAACAAUUAUGAUUGCUUGGGGGAUAACAAUGUCUCUUAUGGCUUUUGUAAAAUCAUAUACUGCCCUUUUAAUCACACGCUUUCUCUUAGGUGCUUUCGAAGCAGGUUUAGUUCCCGGAAUAGUCUAUUAUAUUACUAUGUGGUAUAAAAGAUUUGAACAAAGUUCUAGAAUGGGAAUAAUUUUGUCUGGUUCAUCAAUUUCUGGUGCUUUUAGUGGAUUAUUAACUUAUGCAAUUGUAAGCCUUACGAAUGACAACUCGCCUUUAAAGGGAUGGCAAUUGAUUUUUCUAAUUGAUGGUUUAGUUACCGUUAUAGUUGCUAUUUUUGCAUUUUUUUAUAUUGCUGAUUAUCCAGAAAAAGCUAAGUGGCUUAGAAAAGAAGAGAGAUCACUGGCUGUCUUAAGGUUAAAGCACGAUGCUGGUGGAAUAGAUUAUCAAAAGCAUACAUUUGAUAAGGUUUAUAUAUUGGAAUGUUUGAAGGAUUGGAAAGUGUACACAUCAAUGCUCAUUUUAUUAGGAGUUAAUAUCUCAGUUUAUUCAUUUGCAUUUUUUGUUCCUUCAAUCGUUAAUGGAUUUGGUUUUAAUGAAGUUAUAUCCCAAUUAUUGGUGGCCCCUCCAUUUUGUCUUGGCUGUAUUUCAAUAUUAACGGUAUCAGCUUUAUCCGAUCGGAUAAAUGUUCGUGGUCCUUUUGUGAUGUCGCUAACAAAUAAUUUGUCACCACCGUUAAAGUGUAACAUAGGUGUUGCAAUGAUGAUAAGUGGAGGUAACAUGGGAGGCUUAAUUGCUGCUCAGAUAUAUCGUUCUGCUGAUUACCCUAAUUACAUCCCUGGGCAUGUUAUUGCUUCGGGUUGCCUGUUAGCAGCCAUUUGUAUAUGUGCAAUUCAGUAUGGAAUUUUAAGCAGACUUAAUGAACAGAAGAGAGAGAAAAGUAUUAAAAUUAAAGCUUCUAGUUAUGCUGACAUUGAAGAUAAAAAGGAAUUAGAUGAUAGAAAUCAUAAAUUUAUCUAUAGUUUAUAA